AUGAAGCCGCGGGGACUGAGCGUCAUGCACGCUUUCACUGCUUUUACAAUGCUCACAAUGGCUAAUGCACAAACAACAUGUAACCAGGGAAUGGGUCGAGUUAUGUACGAACGUUUACCAAAUCAACAAUUGCAUGGAUUCGACGACGACGUGGUACGGGAGACAGCGCCGCCAUUUCGAGUCCUUGAGAAGUGCCAGGACCUCUGCCUACGCGAUCGUUCGGGCAACAGCCUUGUGCGCACCUGCAACUCCAUCGACUUCCAACCAGGGGCUCGCAUAGCCGCCUUCAGCCCCGAGCCGGAAUAUGAGGAGUCGACCUGCUACCUCACGAGGGAGCAAGCCGCCCCAGAAGGCAUCGGCACCCUCAUGAUCGUCCCCAACAGCGUGCAUUUCAACGAAAUCUGUCUCACAUCCAACCGCCCCGAAAGGGAAUGUCCGUCUCGCCGCUACGUGUUCGAGCGGCACGCCAGGAAGCGCCUGAAGCUGCCCGCCUCGGAUCUAAAGGAGAUCAUGGUGGCCAAUCGCACGGAGUGCGAGGACAAGUGCCUGGGCGAGUUCAGCUUCGUCUGCCGCUCGGCGACGUACGACUCGGCCCUAAGGACCUGCUCCUUGAGCCGAUUCACGAGGCGCACCCACCCGGAGUUGCUGGAGGACGACCACAACGCCGACUACCUCGAGAACACGUGCCUCAACGCGGAAAGACGCUGUGAUGGAUUAGCGGUGUUCAUAAAAGAAGAGAACAAACGCCUCGGUGGUCCAUUCGAAGCUGACGUCUUCUCGAAUAUGACUUUAGAUGAAUGCCAAUCGAUGUGUGUGCGCGCUGAAAAGUACUUCUGUCGAUCCAUCGAACACGACGCUAUGACGCGCCAAUGCGUUCUCUCCGAGGAGGAUUCCGUAUCUCAGAAGGACGAUGUCACCGUCAGCGCAUCACCAACGCAUCAUUUUUAUGACCUCGUCUGUUUGGAUAAUCUUUCCCAUCGGGUGACAGCUCGGGGCACGGAGUAUCCUGACAACAGCGUCACGUCGCACCUGUUCGCGCCCGGCCGGCGGCCCGACACCGCAUUCCAGCGGUACAGGAACAGCCGGAUCACCGGCGAGUUCCACUCGGAGAUCACGGGCCGCUCGCUCAGCGAGUGCUUGGACGAGUGCCUGCGACAGACCAGCUUUCAGUGCAGGUCUGCCGUGUACAGCGACCGCGCGAGGACAUGUCGUUUGAGCAGAUACAAUCAGAAGGAUGGCAUGAGACUGCUUUACGACCCAGACUUUGAUUACUACGAGAAUCUUAUGCAUCAGCUAGUAAGUGGUGAAUCCGAUGCGGGGGGAGCGGGGACUAGUUCUCAAUCACCCUGGGGAAGGCCGGGGUCCAAAACAGGUGGUAACAGCGGCGAUCGCGACAGAUACCCGCCCGGCGUCGACCGCUACCCCGACGAAGAUCGGUACUCAAGCGAUGACGACCGGUACGAUCGGAGGCCGGACCGGUUCUCGCCGUCGGACGACCGGUACCCGGCUGGUCCCGACCUAUACCCCGAAAGGUAUCCGUCGGGCGAUCGCUACCCGCCGCCGGAUAGAUACCCGCCGGGGGUAGACAGAUACCCGCCGGGGGUAGACAGAUACCCGCCGAGCGUCGACAGAUAUCCGGCACCGGAUAGAUAUCCAGGAGACCGCAACCCAGUUGACAGUGGACGGUAUCCGUACGACUACCAGACUAACGAAAUAGGUAGAUAUCCGAGCUCGGAACGAUACCCUAUCAGCAGGUAUCCCAUCGACGUGUACCCCGAUAGGUAUCCCGACGAUCGAUACCCAUCAGAUAGGUAUCCAGCCCGUGGUGGUGGGAGGUAUCCGCCCCGUCCCGCAUGGUACCCUAACCGUUAUCCUGAUCGGUACGACCAGGACCGCUUUUCCGGCGCUAAUAAUUGGGGGAGGUAUCCCUCCAGUCGCUACCCAGUGGGUGUCAAUCGAGACCCGGCCCCACUAGGCGGCGAGCGUUACCCUGAUUUGUACGACAAGUAUCCGCCGACCGGGUCGUCGUAUCUUGGUUACGGACGUGGAAGCUACUACGGUUCCGAAUACUCGGGUAGCGAGCGGUUCCCAGAUAGGGGUGUUAGACCUGGCCCAGACAGGUAUCCUAAUGAACCAAGACCUACAUUUGAUUUAAGAAGACCUUUAGAUCGACCAGGUGGUUAUAGGGGUAGCUACCCAUCACCAGGGCUGGACCGACCUAUAGGUGGAGCAGGGUAUGGAGGUUACGAGACAGACGGACCAAUAGGACCUAUCGGCGGGCCAAUUUCUAGACCUCAUGGUGGGCCAAUUGGAGGUCCUAUUGGAGGUCCUAUAGGCGGUCCCGUCAUUGGAGGGGCGGUAGGUGGUCCAAUCGGUGGCGCCGUGGGGGCACCUAUUGGAGGUCCGAUUGGGAGACCACCAGUCGGUGGUCGUCCAUGGCAGGGGUCCCGUUGUGAAGAAGACAGCUUCAGACAAGUCGGCCGUCAACGUAUGCAGAGGCGAUUUGUGCGCCGUUUCACCACCGCUAACUCUUUGGCGCACUGCCAAAGGGAAUGUAUCGAAGCGAGAGACUUCAUUUGCCGGUCAUUCAACUACAGGGAAGGUAGUUACGGCGCCGAAACGCGGGACAAUUGCGAGCUAAGCGAUCGCGACACCCGGGAACUAGACGCGGCCAACCCCGCGCACUUUGAUAACACAGCUAACGAGUACGACUUCUACGAGAGGGCGCUAGGUCGCAUUGCCGACGACUGUCUCGACGUGUCGCAAGUUUGCAACGAGGAUGGGAUGGAGUUCACGCUGCGUCUGCCCGAAGGGUUUUACGGACGGAUGUACACCUACGGUUUCUACGACCGUUGCUUCUUCCGCGGCAAUGGGGGCGUCGUUAAUGCGCUACGGAUCACCGGCGCCCAUGGAUACCCCGAAUGCGGCACCCAACGGUACGGAGACACGAUGACCAACAUAGUGGUCGUCCAGUUCAGCGACAAUGUGCAGACGUCCCGCGACAAGAGAUUUAACCUCACCUGUCUCUUCCGCGGGCCAGCUGAAGCGGUGGUCACAUCGAACUAUAUUGGUGCCGGGUCGGGCAGUCCCAUACCCAUCGAGUAUUUGCCGGAGGAGAGUUCUCUCAACUCCAAGGUUCGCCUAAUGAUCCUCUACCAAGGCCGACCAACCACAACCAUCGCAGUUGGAGACCCGCUAACCUUCAGAUUGGAAGCCCAGGACGGAUACAACUAUGCGACAGACAUAUUUGCAACGAACGUCAUCGCUAGGGAUCCAUAUUCAGGACGCUCUGUGCAACUAAUCGACAGGGUCGGAUGCCCUGUGGAUCCAGACGUAUUCCCAGAAUUAGACAAGGGGCGUAACGGUGACGCUCUAGAAGCGAGAUUCAACGCGUUCAAGAUCCCCGAAUCGAACUUUUUAGUCUUCGAAGCAACUGUCCGCACCUGCAGGGACGGAUGUCAGCCAGCUUACUGUCCAAGUCACACUGGGCGCUCGGAGCCGUCCUUCGGGCGUAAGCGACGCGAAGCGAAUUCCACGAAGCUGGAGAGUAAUGAUACUGCCGAAGUUGAAACCAAAGACAAUAAAACCGAGAGCGGAGACGCGGGAACUGUUUACAAAAUAUCCUACGAGGAGGCGACCGUCGACAAAUAUCUUAAGGACGAGGUGGAAACGCCGAGUCACGUGAGAAAAAUGAUCGAGGUUUUCGACAAUCGAAACGAACUCUACGAAGAGAAUGGUGUUGCGGACUCUUCCCCUGUUGUGGCGGCUGCAGGGGUGUGCGUCUCUCCUUACCAUUACCGGUCACUGCUCGUUGCACUAUGUGUGCUUCUGUCUCUCCUCCUAGCUAUGUUGACUGCAGCACUGUAUAUCUACAGACGUUACUGGAGAGUCUUGCGUAAGAACAUUCAGGUGUCCAGCCCGGUGCCAGCACUGCGUCCAGUAGCCACUGGACCCAGGCCUACUCGUCCCUCCCUCUUCUCAGCAUCGCAUCUGCAUAAACCUUUUUCACUAAGUGGACUCGGUCGUACCUUCGCCGACGCUAGCGAGGAAGCAGGGUCCUCGGGAAGACUGGCCAACGCCUUCGACGACGGCAGCGAACCAAUUUACACGGACCCAUCGCUAUUUGAGCGUUCACGUUCGCUUCGCUCCCUACAUUCGCUCGACAUGAAGCCGGAGCGCCGCCAACAUCACACA